AUGAAUAAGAAUGGACAUUUUUGUGCACCCCUACUAAACAAUCUUCCCAAGCAGGGAAAGCACGAGCUGCUCUCUGCAGGCAGGAGGGAGUGGCAGGAAAGGAAGGAAGGCUGCUGAGGAGGAGGAGGAGGAGGAAGAAGAAGAAGAGGAGGAGCGGAGUCCGUCAGUCGGUCUGUGUCCAGCAUAGGAAAGCAGUCGUUGGCUGAGAAAGCCUGGACACUCCCGGGAUUCAGACGCUCCCUGAACACAACACCGUCUCCAACCAGGCUGGCCACAAAGCAUCUGAAGCCUCAAGGACAUCAGUGGACUGCAUGUGGACGACUGACAACCCCCCACUAGACCUGCACUUUUGGAUAUCUCCAUUGGCAUGAUAAAGGGGCCUCAAAUGGAGUCUGAACGUCCACGUGUGGAGGAUGACCCCGACAUCAGGGUGAUGACGGCAGGGUCCACUCUGAGGAAGGUUAAGUCUCGUUCCUGGAAGAAGCAACGCCAUUUCCGACUCCUGGAGGACGGUCUGAGUGUUUGGUACAAGUCCCGAUGGUUAGGGAAAGGCCACUCCACUUUCUCAGUGAGCGAGCUCGAGGCCGUACGCGAGGGCCACCAGUCGGAGGUCUUGCUGGGCAUCGCAGACGAGUUCUCCGCGGACCUCUGUUUCACCUUGGUGUUUCACGGUCGCCAAGGCACCCUGGACCUCGUGGCCGAGUCCCCAGAGGAGGCGCGGGCCUGGAUCCAGGGUUUGCGCAAGCUCAUCAACAAAGCUCAAACUAUGGAUGAGAAACAGUGGCUGGAUCAGUGGGUCCGGGACUGGUUUCACAAAGCUGACAAAAAUAAAGACGGGAAGAUGAACUUCAAAGAAGUGCGGACGCUGUUGAAGAUGAUGAACGUGGAAAUGAAUGAGGACCAUGCGUUCCAUCUCUUCACGAUGGCUGACCAAUCGGAAAGUGGCUCUUUGGAAAGCGAGCAGUUUGUCCUCUUCUACAAGAUGCUCACCCAAAGGGAUGAGGUGUGGAGAGUGUUUCAGGACUACUCUGGAGACGGAGAGAAGUUCAUGCUGGAGGAGCUGGAGAGCUUCCUGAAGGUGGAGCAACAGGAGGGAGAAGACAUCGCCCGACAUGCACGGGAGCUUAUCGACCGCUAUGAACCAUCGGAAACCGCCAAGAAGCAAGGUACCAUGUCCCUGGAAGGCUUCCAGAUGUACCUGUGCUCUCAGGAGGGCUCCAUAUUCAGACCAGAACACCUGGGCCUCUACCAGGACAUGAGCCAACCACUUAGCCACUACUUCAUCUCCUCCUCACACAAUACCUACCUGCUGGAGGACCAGCUGCGGGGCCAAAGCAGCCUGGAAGCAUACAUCCAGGCCCUGAAGAGAGGCUGUCGCUGUGUGGAAGUGGAUUGUUGGGACGGCAGUGACGGGGAACCAGUGGUGUAUCACGGCCACACGCUGACUUCUAAAAUCCUCUUCAAAGACAUCAUUGUAAAACUCAAAGAAUAUGCAUUUAUGACAUCGGACUUUCCAGUCAUCUUGUCCCUUGAGAACCAUUGCGGUGUGGAACAACAGACGAUAAUGGCCAAGCACCUGAGCCAAAUCUUAGGUGACACACUAUUGAGGAGCCUUUUGGAUGGACAGGCAUCUCAGCAUCUCCCUUCUCCACAGGAGCUGAAAGGGAAGAUUUUGUUGAAAGCCAAGAAAAUUGCCGGUCAAGAGGGGUUCCUCGAUGAAGCGAAUGCAGACGAUGUUAGUGAUGAAGACGAUAUGUCCACUGGUGGUGCUGAGAACCGCUCUCUUGAAGACCUAACGGCAGCUGAGUCUUUGAACCACCACGAGAAGGUCGUUGCACAGAAAGCCGAGUCCAAACUCUCCAGGGAGUUGUCCGAUUUGGUGGUUUACUGCAAGAGUGUCCAUUUCCGUGGUUUUAAACGUGCUCCUCUGAAUUCCAAAUACAAUGAGAUGUCUUCGUUCUCUGAGUCUAAGGCCAAGAGGCUUGCAAAGGAAGCAGGAUCAGACUUUGUGCAGCAUAAUUCAGUACAUCUAAGCAGGAUUUACCCUAGUGGCCUUAGGACUGACUCAUCUAACUAUAAUCCUCAGGAUAUGUGGAAUUUGGGGUGCCAGAUAGUGGCUCUGAACUUCCAGACAGCUGGGCUGGAAAUGGAUCUGAAUGAUGGGCUUUUUAGACCAAAUGGCUCCUGUGGCUACGUGCUCAAGCCUCGCUUUAUGCGAGAUAGUAACACAAAGUUUGACCCGGAGAAACCGGAGGAGCAGCUAGGCUACAAACCAUUACGCUUAUCCAUUCAGAAAAACAGAUGUGUCAUGGUCAGCGGACUCAAUUGGAAACAGAAAAUUCCAUGCUGCUCAAAAAGGUUUCUUCCACAACCACUCGAGGAACCCAGGAAAUCAAAAGUACUACAUAUAAAGUAACAACAAUGUCCAAAUUGAAAAAACAAACACUAAGAGCAUGAAAAUAAUGACUAGCUUGGAGCAGGACACAACACAAGCGACCAAACAAAAGUGAGACAACAAAAUGAGAACUAAAUACACAGCCUAAUUAGACAACUCAAUUUUCCUGGACUAGACACAAGACGAAGAAACGAGGUCAGAGCAAGACACAAACGAGCACAUGCUGAACAAAACACAAGCCAACCAGAAAUAGAUCAUGACAGCACUCUCCCCUAAAAAGUACGAAAACAAGAACAUGUCCAAACUAAAAAAAAAUGAGGAAGGCCUUAGGUUCACCAUAAAAAAGUAGCAAUCACAAACAGGAGGAGAACUCAUCUAGAGUAGUCAUUCUCAAACUGUGGUACGUGUUGCAUUACUGGAAUGCGGGCUCCAUUCAGUGGUACGCCAAAGGACCAGCUUAAUUGCUGUGAACCAUCCAGGGUCCAGCAAGGAUAGCAAGGUCAGCAAAGUAGAGACCGCUUAGGGUGCUUGGCCAAGGAAGGGUUGGAGUUGGGAUGGGUGGAGGGAGGUCAAAGAGUCAAGAUUUAUCUUGUAAUGGUCAACUGGCUGGAACCGGCUGUGAAGCUAGGACAGGAACAGAAGACAUGGCGGACUGGUAGGUCACAAGGUGCAAUCAGCCAUGGUCGCUGAAACCACAUGGCUAAGGGGGAAGGUUUACUGGUGAGAAGUUACACUACCGGACUAGGGACCAGAUGACAGACAUUCACCAAAAAAGACGAAGGCGAAACAGACACAUGAGGUGAGACAGGGUGUGGGUGAAAAGACUAUGACUGCGCUCACUUGGGCUAAACGGGUUUCCAAGUAAGAGUCAAAUUUCCAUUUCUUCAUCCGGUUGGACUGUCACAGUCAGGAAGGUGGUGGCAAAGUGGACCCAAUUGCAAGGAAGGAAAAAGCAGGAGUGAAAUGCUGCUCAGACAUGUUUAUUCCAAAACCACCAAGAAAACUAGAAACCGAUCGUGCCACAAAAUAGUACCGUCCCUUAAGAAAAGUACUCCACCAUCAUGGGCAAGACCGACGAGUUGAAAACAACCUCAGAGAAAGAUUGAGGUGGGCUACAAAGCCAUCAGCAAGAAGCUUGCGGAGAAAGAGGCCACACUUGAGGUGGAAACAUUCUGCUUUAGUGGAGUUUCUAUGCUAGAAACUUCCACGAGAAGCCUCAGCCAGAACACUGAAGGAUAUGAAACAUAAGUCUAAGGCAGGGGUAGGGAACCUAUGGCUCGCGAGCCAGAUGUGGCUCUUUUGAUGACUGCAUCUGGCUCUCAGGUAAAUCCUAGCUGACAUUGCUUAACACGAUGAGUAAUGAAUAAUUCCACUUGUAAUCACAGUGUUGAACAUACCGUUCAAAAUAUGCCUUUUUAAUCCAUCCAUCCGUUUACUACCGCACCAGUUCAAAAACUUGCGUUAAUGGUAAGCAGUUAUUUAUUUAUUAUUGGUUAGUGUGGGGCUUGCCCUCCUGGGGGUUCUCCAGACCACCAAGCACCGACAUGAGACCAUGUAUUGGGUUACAAUUAUGUUUUAUUUUUCAAUAAAUCUCUCAGUUGCUUUCCAGCAAUUGUCUUUUUGUCUUUCAUUCUUGCUCGCACUCUGGCUCCUGCCCCAACCCUGUCUCUCCUCCUGGCUGCUGCUUAUAACAGAGCGACAGGUGAUUAGAUAACAAGGCCCAGGUGGGCCAUCUAUGCACCUGUCGCUGAUUUCGAGGCCGAUCCUGGCAACAACCCGGUCCGCUGCAGGCCCGCAGACCACGCCCCCUCCACAGUUAGCUUCAGAAUAACAAUGUUAUUACAAAGAAUAAGAGACCUAUUAUACUCUAGAAAUGUUGGUCUUACUUAAAAAUGCACGCCUUUGUGUUUAGUGUUAAAGAAAAUAUUAUAUGGCUCUUAUGGAAAUACAUUUUAGAACAUUUGGCUUCUUGGCUCUCUCAGCCUAAAGGUCUAAGGAGACAAGUAAUCCAAGAAGACUCCUCCUAAAGUGGCCUAGCCAGUCUUUGGACAUGAUUUCCAUAGAAAAUCUGUAAAUGUAGCUGAAACAGGUUUUGGAGAGUACCUGUAAAGAGUCGUGGAUCAAAUUUCCUAUUGAGAUGUGCGCAUCACUAGUGACCAAGAAAUGGCUGGGGCGGCAUGGCGUAGUGGGUAGAGCGUCCGUGCCAGAAACCUGAGGGUUGCAGGUUCGCUUCCCACCUAUUGACAUCCAAGUGGCUGCCGUUGUGUCCUUGGGCAGGACACUUCACCCUUUGCCCCCGGUGCCGCUCACACUGGUGAAUGAAUGAUGAAUGAAUGAUAGGUGGUGGUCGGAGGGGCCGUAGGCGCAAACUGGCAGCCACGCUUCCGUCAGUCUACCCCAGGGCAGCUGUGGCUACAGAUGUAGCUUACCACCACCAGGUGUGAAUGAAUGAUGGGUUCCCACUUCUCUGUGAGCGCUUUGAGUAUCUAACAAUAGAAAAAGCGCAAUAUCAAUCUAAUCCAUUAUUAUUAUUAUUAUUAUGGGUGACCUCUGUGCUUCUCACUAAGUACUAAGAUAUAUUGUACUUGGGUACCAAAUACAUAUUUCAGUAUAAUUCAUGACCUUUUUUUAAUGUAU